AUGGAGCUUCUCAUACUUGGACUUGUCUGCCUUGCCAGCAAUCUCUGGGGCCUCUAUGGCCCCAUCCCGUUUACCGCCAUUCAGCCGAGCCGGCCCUUUUUGGACCGGGCUCUGGGAUCCCUUCAACUGACGAGCGCAGUAUACGCCCUCGAUCAGUUCCAUCCCUACCUCUUGCCGAACUCUCUAGCUCACUAUGUCAGUCUAGGUCAGGAAGUGAUGACCGACUUCGUGGUCAGCAACAACAUCACGAUGUUUUCAGCAUCCGAUACAGCAGCGAGCAUCAAGACAGAUCUAUUUACCGCUUCGUUGCUCUCUGAUGAAUUCCCAAGCGACAGCGACGAAUAUCAUCUACCGAAACAGCAUCCCUCCAAACCAGAGACUUGCUCCGCGGAGGCAGGAUACGUCAACGUAAUCCUAGUCCUCCUGAUCAUCAUCCUCGCAGUACAACUCAAAGAAACAAUCCAACGCGGCACGGACACCAAUGACAAAGAGAUCCAACUCCUGCGCACCGAGCAGCAAAUCUUCUUCACCGAACUCCAAUCGUCACACAAAAUAGCACUCGAUGCAACCCACCAACGCCUCGACUACCUGGAAGAACGCACCAAUCAGCUUUUCGGCGUCGGAAACGAGCUUCUAGCCCACAAGGACAUGCUCGCGGCCAAAAUUGCGGCCAGCGUUGCCGAUGGACUCAACAGUCCGGACUCCGAGAUAGGGCAUCAUCUACGUGAUGUCCAGGAUGGUCUGGCGACGCUCCGGGAGAGUGCGGGUCAGAAUUCGGGGGCCUGGAUGGAACUUGCGGAGUUGCUGAGGGCAUUCCCUUCAAACGUGGCGUCCGCUAUUGCUACUUCUCUUGCGGAGGAGAUUAUGAACGCGAGGAUGUUGGAUGAGGCUUCGACGGGGGUCUCAAUGGGGCCUUCGACGGGGAUGUCGUCGAGGAAGUCGUCGGGAUUGGAGAGGAGUAUCUGGGCGGUGCGCACUUAG